AUGGCCUCCAUCCAACUCUCCCCGUCACAACUCGACCACUUCAACACACAAGGUUACCUCAUCCUCCGCGCCGCCGAACACAAUCUCGUCAGUCCCCCCGACCUCCACAAAUGGACGAGUGAAGUCAAGACGCUUCCGCGAGACAAAGGCAAAUGGAUGCCAUACGACGAAAUCACCGCCACCGGCGAGCGCCAGCUCAUGAGGACGGAAAACUUCGCCGACUACCAUCCCUCCUUCUCCGCCUUGCUGCACGGCGCCGGCCUGCGAGGCAUUCUGGCGCAACUUACCGGCGACGAAAUGCUGCUGUUCAAGGACAAGAUCAAUUACAAACUCGCUGGCGGCAACGGCUUCCAGGCUCAUCUUGAUGCUCCCGCCUACGACCACAUCGGAGACAUCGAGCACACCACCGCAAACCUGGCCGUCGACGCUGCAACGAUCGCCAACGGCUGUGUAGAAGUUGUCCCUGGCUCGCAUCGAAUGGAUGUCGAGUUGGCGGAGGGUGGACGCAUCGCUGACAGAUGGGAGGCGGCGCACGACUGGGUUCCCGUGGAGCUGGCGGAGGGCGACUUGUUGAUUUUCGGCAGCCAUCUUGCGCAUCGGAGUGCGGAUAACAAGACGGCCAAGGCGAGGAGCUCGGUGUAUGCCACGUACCAUAUGCGCUCGGAUGGGGAGGAUCUGAGGCGGCGGUAUUAUAUCGAUCGCAGGGAGAAUUUCCCGCCGGAUCAUGAAAGGGUUCCGGGGAAGGACUACGGUGCUGGAGUCGCGCGCUACGCUUUUGCAGCACCCUUCACCAGGAUCGAAGAGCCAGCGGCUGCCUCGGCCAUGGAGGUGGAUGUGCAGUCGUGA